GUUUGGUUGAGAAGAAGUUGGAUGGUGGGGGUGUACCAUUGAUGAGAAGCGGCCGAAAAAAGGGAAUAUUUGCAGAAAUUUCAAAGAAUUCUGAGGAAUAUUACUUUGUUCUGCUUACCAUCAGUAUAUUCAUAAAAGUGUCUGACUUUCACUAUCAUCUGCACCAGGUGUCCUAGUGUGUUCUGGUUGUACCUCAGAGAUGGCACAGCGGAACGGGCAGGAGGACCCGGAGCGGUACCUGUUCGUGGACCGCGCCGUGGUCUGCAACCCGGCCACGCAGGCCGACUGGACGGCCAAGAAGCUCGUAUGGAUCCCCUCGGAGCGCCACGGCUUCGAGGCGGCCAGCAUCCGCGAGGAGCGCGGCGACGAGGUGGUGGUGGAGCUAGCUGAGAACAGCAAGAAGGCCAUAGUGAACAAGGACGAUAUCCAGAAGAUGAACCCUCCCAAGUUCAGUAAGGUGGAGGACAUGGCUGAGCUCACGUGUUUGAACGAGGCUUCAGUGCUGCACAACCUCAAGGACCGCUACUACUCUGGCCUCAUCUAUACGUACUCUGGCCUCUUCUGUGUGGUGAUCAACCCCUACAAGUACCUCCCCAUCUACUCCGAGAACAUCAUAGAGAUGUACAGGGGGAAGAAGAGACACGAGAUGCCCCCUCACAUCUACGCCAUCUCAGAGUCCGCGUACAGAUGCAUGCUCCAAGACCGAGAGGACCAAUCAAUUCUCUGCACAGGUGAAUCUGGUGCUGGAAAGACAGAAAACACUAAAAAGGUCAUCCAGUACCUUGCACAUGUGGCUUCCUCCCAUAAAGGAAAAAAAGACCACAGCAUUCCUGUAACUCCAGAGUCGCCUAAACCAGUAAAACUACAGGCGGAAAAUAAUCAUGUCAGUGGAGCCCUGUUCUAUGGUGAAUUGGAACGUCAACUCUUACAGGCCAACCCCAUCCUCGAGUCCUUCGGCAACGCCAAGACAGUGAAGAAUGACAACUCAUCACGAUUCGGAAAGUUCAUCCGGAUCAACUUUGAUGUCACCGGAUACAUCGUCGGGGCCAACAUCGAAACUUAUCUACUGGAGAAAUCGAGAGCUGUUCGCCAAGCCAAAGACGAGCGCACCUUCCACAUCUUCUACCAGCUGCUGUGUGGGGCAGGAGAACAUCUCAGGUCGGACCUGCUCCUGGAGGGCUUCAACAGCUACCGCUUCCUGUCCAACGGCAACGUUACCGUCCCUGGUCAGCAGGACAAAGACAACUUCCAGGAGACCAUGGAUGCCAUGCACAUCAUGAGCUUCUCCCACGACGAGAUCCUGGCCAUGCUGAAGGUGGUCUCCUCCGUGCUUCAGUUUGGGAACAUCGUCUUCAAGAAGGAGAGGAACUCAGACCAGGCCUCUAUGCCUGAGAACACAGCGGCCCAGAAGUUGUGUCACCUGUUGGGGCUGAACGUGAUGGAGUUCACCCGGGCCAUCCUGUCUCCAAGGAUCAAGGUGGGACGAGACUAUGUCCAGAAGGCCCAGACCAAAGAACAGGCUGACUUUGCAGUGGAGGCUCUGGCCAAGGCCACAUACGAGCGUCUGUUCCGCUGGCUGGUCCACCGCAUCAACAAGGCCCUGGACCGUACCAAACGCCAGGGGGCCUCCUUCAUCGGCAUCCUGGACAUCGCUGGCUUUGAGAUCUUCCAGCUGAACUCGUUUGAGCAGCUGUGCAUCAACUACACCAACGAGAAGCUGCAGCAGCUGUUCAACCACACCAUGUUCGUCCUGGAGCAGGAGGAGUACCAGAGGGAGGGCAUCGAGUGGAGCUUCAUUGACUUCGGCCUGGACCUGCAGCCCUGCAUCGACCUCAUCGAGAGGCCGGCGAACCCUCCUGGUGUGCUGGCUCUAUUGGAUGAGGAGUGCUGGUUCCCCAAGGCCACAGACAAGACGUUCAUCGACAAGCUGGUCCAGGAGCAGGGCACCCAUUCCAAGUUCCAGAAGCCCAGACAGCUAAAGGACAAGGCUGACUUCUGCAUCAUCCACUACGCUGGCAAGGUGGACUACAAGGCAGAUGAGUGGCUGAUGAAGAACAUGGACCCCCUGAAUGACAACGUGGCCACGCUGCUCAACCAGUCCACUGACAAGUUUGUGGCCGAGCUCUGGAGAGACGUGGACCGCAUCGUGGGCCUGGACCAGGUGGCGGGCAUGGCGGAGACGACGUUCGGAGCCACCUACAAGACCAAGAAGGGCAUGUUCCGCACGGUGGGCCAGCUCUACAAGGAGUCCCUCACCAAGCUCAUGGCCACCUUGAGGAACACCAACCCCAACUUCGUCCGCUGUAUUAUCCCCAACCACGAGAAGAAGGCUGGUAAGCUGGAGCCCCACCUGGUUCUGGACCAGCUGAGGUGUAAUGGAGUUCUGGAGGGAAUCCGUAUCUGCAGACAAGGCUUCCCCAACCGCAUCGUCUUCCAAGAGUUCAGACAGAGGUACGAGAUCCUGACCCCUAAUGCCAUCCCCAAGGGCUUCAUGGACGGGAAACAGGCCUGCGAAAGGAUGAUCCGAGCGUUGGAACUGGACCCCAACCUGUUCCGUAUCGGCCAGAGUAAGAUCUUCUUCAGGACCGGAGUCCUGGCCCACCUGGAGGAGGAGAGAGACCUGAAGAUCACUGACAUCAUCAUCUACUUCCAGUCUGUCUGCCGCGGCUACCUGGCACGCAAGGCGUUUGCUAAGAAGCAGCAGCAGCUGAGUGCUCUGAAGGUCCUCCAGAGGAACUGUGCUGCCUACCUCAAGCUGCGCCACUGGCAGUGGUGGAGACUCUUCACCAAGGUGAAGCCUCUGCUCCAGGUGACUCGGCAGGAGGAGGAGAUGCAGGCCAAAGAUGAGGAGCUGGUCAAGGUGAAGGAGAGGCAGAGCAAGGUGGAGGGAGAGCUGGUGGAUAUGGAGAGGAAACACCAACAGCUCCUAGAGGAGAAGAACAUCCUUGCAGAGCAGUUGCAGGCGGAGACGGAGCUGUUUGCCGAGGCGGAGGAGAUGAGGGCCCGCCUGGCCGCUAAGAAGCAGGAGCUAGAGGAGAUCCUCCACGACCUGGAGUCCAGAGUGGAGGAGGAAGAGGAGAGGAACCAGAGCAUGCAGAACGAGAAGAAGAAGAUGCAGACCCACAUCCAGGAUCUAGAGGAGCAGUUAGAUGAGGAGGAGGCAGCCAGGCAGAAGCUGCAGCUGGAGAAGGUGACGGCCGAAGCCAAGAUCAAGAAGAUGGAGGAGGACAUUCUACUGCUGGAGGACCAGAACUCCAAGUUCCUCAAGGAGAAGAAGCUGCUGGACGACCGUGUCGUCGAGAUGACCUCCCAGCUGACAGAGGAGGAGGAGAAGGCCAAGAACUUGGGCAAGGUCAAGAACAAGCAGGAGGUGAUGAUGGUCGACCUGGAAGAGCGCCUGAAGAAGGAGGAGAAGACUCGUCAGGAGCUGGAGAAGGCCAAGAGGAAGCUAGACGCUGAGACCACGGACCUCCAGGACCAGAUAGCUGAGCUGCAGGCCCAGAUAGAGGAGCUCAAGAUCCAGCUGGCCAAGAAGGAGGAGGAGCUACAGGCUGCUCUGUCCAGGGGUGAUGAAGAGGUGGCCCAGAAGAACAACGCUCUGAAAGCUGUGCGGGAGCUGCAGGCCCAGCUGUCAGAGCUGCAGGAGGACCUGGAGUCAGAGAAGGUGUCCAGGAACAAGGCGGAGAAAGUCAAGAGGGACCUCAGUGAGGAGCUGGAGGCUCUGAAGACUGAGCUGGAGGACACUCUGGAUACCACCGCUGCCCAGCAGGAGCUCAGGACCAAGCGAGAGCAGGAGGUGGCUGAGCUGAAGAAGGCCAUCGACGAGGAGACCAAAAACCACGAGUCUCAGGUCCUGGAGAUGAGACAGAGACACUCCACCGCCCUGGAGGAGCUGUCUGAGAAUUUGGAGCAGGCCAAGAGGUUCAAGUCCAACCUGGAGAAGAACAAGUGUACCCUGGAGAGUGACAACAAGGAGCUGGUGAGCGAGGUGAAGGGGCUUCAGCAGGCCAAGACAGAGUCAGAACACAAGAGGAAGAAGAUGGAGGCUCAGCUGCAGGAGUUCCUGGCCCGAGCCACCGAGGGAGAGAGGGCUAAAGUGGAACUGGCCGACCGCACACACAAACUGCAGACGGAGCUGGACACUGUCUCCGCCCUGCUGGAGGACGCUGAGAAGAAGGGAAUCAAGCUGGCCAAGGAUUCAGCCGGCCUGGAGAGUGCGUUACAAGACACACAGGAGCUGCUCCAGGAGGAGACUCGUCAGAAGCUGAACCUGAGCUCUCGUAUCCGUCAGCUGGAGGAAGACAAGAGCACCCUGCAGGAGCAGCAGGAGGAGGACGAGGAGGCCCGCAGGAACCUGGAGAAACAACUGGCCACGCUGCAGGCUCAGCUGUUUGAGUCGAGGAAGAAGCUGGAUGAGGACUUGGGGACCCUGGAGUCUCUGGAGGAGGUGAAGAGGAAGCUGCAGAAGGACAUGGAGCUGACCAGCCAGCGGCUGGAGGAGAAAGCCUCCGCCUUCGACAAGAUGGAGAAGACCAAGACCCGCCUGCAGCAGGAGCUGGACGACCUCAUGGUGGACCUGGACCACCAGAGGACCAUCGUCUCCAACCUGGAGAAGAAGCAGAAGAAGUUCGACCAGCUCCUGGCUGAAGAGAAGACCAUCUCUGCCCGCUAUGCUGAGGAGCGUGACAAGGCCGAGGCUGAGGCCAGGGAGAAGGAGACUAAGGCUCUGUCUAUGACCCGGGCUCUGGACGAGGCCCUGGAGGCCAAGGAGGAGUUUGAGAGGCUCAACAAGCAGCUGAGGACUGAGAUGGAGGACCUGAUGAGCUCCAAGGACGACGUGGGCAAGAGCGUCCAUGAGCUGGAGAAGUCGAAGCGCACCCUGGAGCAGCAGGUGGAGGAGAUGAGGACCCAGCUGGAGGAGCUGGAGGACGAGCUGCAGGCCACGGAGGACGGCAAGCUACGUCUGGAGGUCAACAUGCAGGCCAUGAAGGCCCAGUUCGACAGGGACCUGCAGGCCAGAGACGAACAGAACGAGGAGAAGAAGAGGACGCUGGUCAAACAGGUUCGUGAGAUGGAGGCAGAGCUGGAGGAUGAGAGGAAGCAGAGAGCCCUGGCCGUUGCAGCUAAGAAGAAGCUGGAGAUGGACCUCAAGGACCUGGAGGGGCAAAUAGAAGCAUCCAACAAGGCCAGAGAUGAAGCCAUCAAACAGCUCAGAAAACUACAGGCCCAGAUGAAGGACUACCAGAGGGAGCUGGAGGAGGCCAGAGCAUCCCGUGAUGAGAUCUUUGCACAGUCUAAAGAAAACGAGAAGAAACUAAAGGGCCUGGAAGCUGAGAUCCUACAGCUGCAGGAGGACCUGGCGGCUUCAGAGAGGGCCCGUAGACACGCUGAGCAGGAGAGAGACGAGCUGGCCGACGAGAUCUCAAAUAGCGCCUCUGGAAAGUCGGCCCUGCUAGAUGAGAAGAGGAGGCUGGAGGCCCGCAUCUCGCAGCUGGAGGAGGAACUAGAGGAGGAACAGAGCAACAUGGAGCUGCUCAACGACCGUUUCCGCAAGACCACCAUGCAGGUGGACAUCCUGAACACGGAGCUGGCUGGGGAGCGCAGCGCUGCCCAGAAGAGUGAGAACGCCCGUCAAGGAAUGGAGAGGCAGAACAAGGAGCUGAAAGCCAAGCUGGGAGAGCUGGAGGGGGCAGUCAAGUCCAAGUUCAAGGCUGCCAUCACCGCCCUGGAGGCCAAGAUACUGCAGCUGGAGGAGCAACUGGAGCAGGAGGCCAAGGAGAGGGCAGCAGCCAAUAAGAUUGUCCGACGCACAGAGAAGAAGCUGAAAGAGGUGGUGAUUCAGGUGGAGGACGAGCGUCGCCAUGCCGACCAGUACAAGGAGCAGAUGGAGAAGGCCAACUCUCGAAUGAAGCAGCUGAAGCGUCAGCUAGAGGAGGCUGAGGAGGAGGCUACCAGGGCCAACGCCUCACGUAGGAAACUACAGAGGGAGCUGGACGACGCUACCGAGGCCAGCGAGGGCCUGACCCGCGAGGUCAACACACUCAAGAACCGCCUCAGGCGUGGAGGCCCCAUCAGCUUCUCGUCUAGCCGUUCAGGCCGCAGCCGGCAGCUCCAGAUCGACGGAACCUCCGUGGACAAUUCUGACGACGACGCCGACAGCCGCGCCAGCGACCACAACGACACGCAAGCCUCCAACCAGACCGAAUAGACGCUCCCUGCUAAUCCUACCAACCCUAUCAAUUAGCCAGCCUGGCAGAAUGGUGACUACAACACCUCAGCCUCUCCAUCUGUCCCUGUCCACGAGUCAACAGCAGGGAGAACCAGGGUCCUGUUCAUUAGG